AGUACUUCGUGCGUCCUAUAUACAGCUCUUAGAACCAUCGAAGUUGCAUAGGUGCACGUACAAGUCGCAAGUAACUGCGUGAGCACGCAAGUCUGACCUUAAAGCGCAAUCUGUGAGAGGGCGCUUUCUCUUCGCUGAUCGAUCGUUAUAUAAAGUACACACCUACUGCAACAUCGCGCCUGUAUAUUUUUAAUGUAUUCAAUAGCCGCUGGUGUGUACAUGAAUUUAGCGGGGACGGUGAACCCAAGCAGGCUUUCGUACAAAAUAUAUUCACGAUGUUGAUAUGUUCUCGAAAGUAUAAAUCACCGAACUAAAUUUGAAAACGAGUGGACAAUGAAUGAAACUUGAAAGAAAGGAUAAGGAGGUAUUUAAAACACAGAUAAAACAUGAUCGUCUUUCUCGGUGGACCCCUUUUAGACAUCAUAGCCAAUGUAGAUGUGGAUUACCUGAAAAAGUACAACUUGAAACCAGACGAGACUGUCUCUGCGUCUUCCGAACAUGAAGAUAUCUUCAUGGACAUAUUGAAAUUAGAUCCUAUUAUACUGCCUGGAGGUAGUGUUACGAAUUCUGCUCGUGUUAUGAACUGGAUCUGCGGAAAGAGGUACCGAAUAGUAUUCGCUGGUGCCGUAGGUGAUGACACCUUCGGGCAUCUGAUCAAAGGCAAAUUCGAAGAGGAAAAAAUCCACCAUCACUUGGUGGAAGUGAAGAAUGAGAGGACGGGCGUAUGUGCUGUUCUCCUCACGGGACAAUACAGGACGCUUGUCUCACGUUUAGGAGCCUCAAAGUGUUUUACGAAGGAGAAUUUGGAUAAGCAUAUGUGGGGACAUCUGCAGAGAGCUCAGUUUAUUUAUAUAUCUGCAUUUUUCUUAGGAGUUUCUUUCGAAGUUAUAAAGGACAUUUUUUCACAUUUCAAGGAAAAUAGUAAAACUGUAAUUGUAAACUUAGCUGCCACAUUCCUCAGUAAUGACUACCCGAAAGAGAUUACUUAUUUAUUCGAGCAUGGUGAUAUCGUUUUUGGCAAUGAAAAUGAGUAUAAAGCUUUUCUUGCCAUACAUGACAGGACAGAAUGCAAUAUUGAAGAUAUCUUGCCAAAGCUAAAUAAGAUUUUCAACAAGAAGCCUGAUCGAUUGCUCGUCAUGACCAGGGGUUCAAAACCGCUGUACGUCCUCCACCAGACGGAGCUGCAAGAAUUUCCCGUAAGUCUAAUCGUAAAAGAGGAUAUCGUAGAUUCCAACGGCGCUGGCGACGCUUUUGUUGGAGGCUUCCUCGCGCAGUACGUCCACGGCGGAAGCCCAAACGAGUGUGUCAGGUGUGGCACAUGGGCUGCCAGAGAGGUACUUCAGCACAAUGGGUGUAGUUUUGAUAUGAAUAAAGUUUAUGAUGAAUGAUUCUUCUGUUUUUAUGACUUCCUCCUCUGUGGGAAGUUCUCUCUAGCAGCGCUAAAAGCUAUGUCUAGAUGUUUUAACAUCAUGGGUAUAGUUUUUACACGAAUAAAGUUAAUUAUAAAUGUAAAGUUUACGAUGAAUGACUCUUUUGUUUUUACGGCUUCUUCCUCUGUGGGAAGGUUCUUUGCCAGUGAUGUAUACAAUAUGUAAAAAAGGUGGAAACAGUCAGGAUAUUGUGACGAUAAAUAGUACUGUUGGCGCCAUCUGUUGGGAGAGUACCCUACUCGCCAGAGCUUCAUGGCCGCUUGGCGGUGUCUGUGAGGACCGUGGCAGCGACCCGCCUUCUAGAUCGACGCGAAGUAACCUCGACUAUUCUGGACGGCCGCUAUGUGGCUCCCGAUUCGUCUCGACUCAACGAUGCGGACUAUAUAACUCGGCGGCCGGGAGAUGGAAGCAGAGUACGGAGAACAGUAGAGUAGCAGAGCGGAGUGGAGUAUAGUCCAGUCAAUGGCGCGACAUAAGAAUUAGUCAGACAUAAAUAGUGGUGUAUAUAAAUGUUCUAUCUAGUCAAGAUAAAUAAAUUAGUGC